AUUCAUAGCAGCAUUCACCAAAAGACGAUUUAGGUCGCCAUGUUCGGUCAAGGGCUGAUACUGGUGGUUUUAGUUUCAGUCGUUUUCGCCAACUCGAACGACAUUGUCUGCCACCCGACAGAUACGCACUUCGUGGAUGAUCCCGAGCAAUGCAACAAGUACUUCACCUGCUACCAGGGUGAACCAUUUCCGCAGGUUUGUCCACCCGGUUUUCGGUUUAUCGAAGCACUACAAGCUUGCUAUCAGUCGACCGUUGAGGAGUGUUUCAACUGUCCGGAGACGGGGCUGUACUUCUUCGAACAUCCGGAAACGUGCGCGAAGUAUGUGCUAUGCUAUUCCGGCAAGCCACAAGUGAAGGAGUGUCCGGAGGAUAUGCUCUUCAAUCCAGUCGAAAAUCAGUGCGAUUUGGAGAGCAAUGUGGAGUGUAAUCGAAAGGAAUAAAUGUGGUGGAACCUGAAGCCAGUGUACAAGUUGUUUGUGUAUGGUUUGAACGGGAAAAUAAUGUUGUUGAUACAACAACACUACUCGUUAUAAAAGCUCAUUUUUAGAAGAGCUUAUGAUAUUUGUAUUAGCUCUUGCCACAGAAGCACAUAUCUGUGGACAGGUAAAUUGUACAUAUAAGUUUAUACAAUUGCGUUCACUAGACGAGUAUAGCCUAAUCAGUCAUGACGUUGAAUUCAGAUGGUAAAUAAAGGAAGCGAUAUAUUCAUUUCAAAGUUGCAUGGAGAAUUAAUCGGAAAGAAACAGAGAAUUAAUAAUUAUAUUGGAAA